UAAAGCGACAUUACCGAUACAAAUUUGACAUUCAUUAGAGUUUAAAAACCUCAAUGGAUGUUUGUGCAACUGACGUAUAAUGUGUGCAUUGUAUUUAUUGUGUUGCACCAGACGGUCUCAGUCGGACAGCGGGUCGGUGGCUUCGGGCAGUUCUCGCAUCGCUCACGACGCGGACUCGCUCGCCACCAGCAACGAGCACGACGACGAGCAUAACACCAAUAAUAGGAUCAGUACGGAUGUCCAGAGCUUAGAAAACGGUGACCAAGUGGUACUCCGGAGGAAGACUCAGGAUGGGCAACCAGUUAACAGGAUACAAAGGUCGAAAGAGGAUAUCCAUCUCGCUAACCUGAAGAAGAAGACGCGCAAACGUACGAGAAAGUUCGAGAUAGACGGCGUCAUUGUCACCACUACCACUUCUAAGGUGAUAUGGGGUGACGAGGAGAGCGGGCGCACGUGGGACGAUCACGCUCUUCGCAAGCAAGAGCUAAGGGAGAUCAAGAUGCUGCAGAAGCAGGAGCAGAAGCAGUUCCAGGACCUCAACGCCAAGGAGCUGCAGCUGAGGGAGCAGCAGGACAAGAGGUUCGAGGCGGAGCUGGUGUCCCUGUCGCGCGCGCACGAGACGGAGCUGGACGGCCUCGCUCGCGCACAACGCGCGGCCGCGGAGAGGGCCGAGCAGCAGCUGGAGACGGAGCUGCGGCACGCGGCCAAGCGGCUGCGCGCCGAGCAGGAGCGCGAGCUGAGGCACUUCCGCGACACGCUCAAGCAGGAGCUCCGGCUGCUCAAGCAGGAGGUGGAGUUAGUGAACAAGGACCGCCGCAAGGAGGCGUACCGUGCGCGGCGCGCGCGCCUGGACGCGGAGCAGGCGGAGCGCGAGCGCGCGUUCGUCGCUGCGCUCGCCGACGCGCACGACGCUGUGCUGCGCCGCAUCCACGAGCACCACCGCGACCGGCAGGCGCUCGCCGACCGCCAGUACCUGCAGCGCCGCCAUCAGAUAAUGAGAACCCGCGAGGCGGCACUAUGGGAGUUGGAAGAGAAGCAGAUCCACGAGCGGCACCAGUUGGCCAAGCGACAGCUCAAAGACGAGUUCAUGCUGCGGAGGCACCAGAUGCUCGUCAGGCACGACAAGGAGCUGGAGCAGAUCAAACGAAAAAACGGUCGCAAGGAGGAGGAGUUGGCCAAGUGUCAGGCGUUGGAGAAGCGUUCGCUGCCGAAGCGUAUACGCGCGGAGCAGAAGGCGCGCGAGAUGAUGUUCCGCGAGUCGCUGCGGAUCAGCGCGCUGUCCGCCCCGCACGAGGACGACCGCGACAGGAUCAAGAAGUUCCAAGAGAACGAGAAGAGACGUUACAGAGCCGAGCAGCAACGCCUAACAACGAAGCAUACUAAAGCGAGGGAGGAGCUGCGCGCCGCUGGAGAGGCGUUACUGCGCGAGUUGGAGCAGUAUCAGAAUGAGAAGCGUAAGGCGUUGAUGAACCACGAGGCGAGUAUGAUGAAGACCGUCGAGGAACGGUACGCGGCCGAACUGAAGGAAUGGCGCGCCACGCUCGGCGAUAGGAAACAGAGACUGAUAGAAACCUUCAAGAAACAUCUGGACGACCACGAGAAGAAGUUCGGUACGCCAAUAGAGGACAGGAGCCUGUAUCUCGACGCUCCGUGGCCCAAGAACGUGUUACAGCACGUUUUGAGCGCUUACCAUCAACGCAAUUCCUUCAUGGGCUCCCUGUCUAGAUCUAGGACGAGUCUCAACUUCUUGUCCGCCGCCAAUACACCGAAUAUGGACAGGAGACGAAGCAUCAGCCCCAGAUCGGACAGAGGCACGAAGUCGGCAGCAACUAGCGCCCACAACACUGCGAAACGCAGCGGGAAAUCCUCGAAAUUACACAAAUACGGAUCAACUUCCAAUUUGAAACUGGUUUCGGAGAAAAUAUCCGGGUUCUCAGUAUUCAAUGGCUCGGAGGAUCUCAAGAGGGAUCCGAUUAUGGCGUACGGAGACGUACCCAAAGAGAACGCAGAAGAACCGAGAAAGAGUUUAGAGAGGAAGAAGCCGGUGGAAAAGAUAGCGAGUGCCAAUCGAGUAUUGAAUAGACAGAGUCUGUCUGGUCCUCUGUUUAGAGAAAUGAACGAAGUGGAACCACAGAUGAGGAGGAGUGUAUCACAUGCUAAUCUGAACGAAGACAUUAUAAUGGAAGCGGUCAUGAUAGACCUACCGUCUUUGGAAGCCGACAAGUAUGGCACGGUGAAGAGUAACAGUACGUUUGGUACUUUGUCGCGGGACGGCAGCGAACCCGAUGAUGAUACGAAGAGUUUUAGCCGUUGGGGGCCUAUCAGGGGGUCGAACAGUUACGCGGCCGGUCACGGUGUCCCCGUCAGUCAGUUGUCCACUUUGGAUUUGAAAACUACUAUUGUGGUCGACAAGGGGGAUAAUAAACCUAGUGAUUCGGCCGCUUGAAUCAUUCGUUGUCUUAAAUAAAUUAACGGGUCCCAUGAACUUAUGUUUAUCUGCACUUUUUGCUAAGGCACGACGUGGAGAUGAUUAUAGC